AUGGCUCAACAUCUCACUCACUGGCUUCAAUGCGUGGCCGAGGAUUGCGCAAUAUGUCGUCGUGAAGCAGACCCAACCAGAGAAGGAAUCAAAAAAGAAAUCAUGCAGCUACUAGGCAAGGAGCAAGCAACGUCGAACGGAAUAAUGGAUUUUUUAACCCCCGAAGGUGCAGCCGUUAUACUGGGAUAUUAUGUGGAAUAUUACUUCGAAGUGUUUUUGGCUUAUAACGAGUUGCGGAAGGAUCGUGGAUUGAAG